UGACCCGGAGAAUUUAGUGGAGGUCCUUGUAUCAUAAUCUGAUGGGCGACGACGACCACGGGCGGCAGCUGCAAGCUUUCAAAGAUACCUUAGCCACGGCGAAGCUGUACAGGCCUGCGACAGAAACCGAAAAGGCUUCGCACAGUGAUGUAACCCUCCUCCGAUUUCUUAGGGCGCGACGAUUCGACAUCUUCAAGGCUCAGAAACAAUUCUCUGAUACGGAGGCAUGGAGAAAGAAACACGAUGUGGAUGGCUUGUUCGCUACGUUCGAUGAUGACGAGUUUGAAUCGGCAAAACGAUUUUAUCCUCAGUGGACGGGACGACGGGAUAAGGAUGGCAAUCCUCUCUACGUAUACCAUAUCGCGUCUCUUGCGCCUCUCCAGAAGGAACUGGACGCUGUUUCCCAUGAACGAAGAUACCAAAGAAUAGUGGUCUUGUACGAGGCAAUGACUCGAUUAGUGCUGCCCGUCUGCACCCAUAUUCAUCCAACGCGAACAGUCUCAUCGUGCACGACGAUAAUCGACCUCUCUUCUCUCACCCUCGGCACUGUAAUCUCACUACGCUCGCACCUACAAGAAGCAUCCCAUCUCGCCACGGCCAACUAUCCAGAGACGCUCCACAUCAUCGCCGUCGUCAACGCCCCGGCAUUCUUCCCGAUGAUCUGGGGAUGGAUCAAGGGAUGGUUUGAUGAGGGGACGCGGAACAAGAUAUACAUCCUUGGAAAGGGUACGGACAUGGAGAAGCUAGAGGAAUUUGUAGAUCGAGAGCAUAUUCCCAAAGUGUACGGCGGCGAGUUAGAAUGGGUACCUGGGAAUGCGCCGUCUUUGGAUGAUGCAGUGAAAGAAGUGAUGAAAGAGAUGCCCUGGGGUCCUGCGGAAUAUGUGGAUGGAGAGAUAGAAAAAAUGGGGCCCGUGUAGCAUUCGUCCGGGUUGAAUUGUUUAAUCCAUAGAUAACUUGACCUAGACACAGACUAAAUAAACUUUAUGUACCGGUUAACAGCCCAACUGUAUCGGAUCC